AUAAAACACUUAGUUGAGAGACAAACUCGGCAGCAGCAUGAAGAUGAGCAGCAGCGGUGGAGCAAGCGCCAGCUGUGAGGUGCACUACGAUGCUGCCACACGAACGUGGCAGGGACCGCGUGGCAAGGAGUUCUACGGUCCCGAAAUGACACUCGGUGAGGUGACAAUGCGUGUGCUCAACUUGAAUGCGGACAAAGUUCUGCAGCAUUGCGAUCCAACGGGCGUGGAGCUAACUGGAGCUCAAUUGGCACAACAAGGUCUAAUCAUCGCACAGGCUUUUAGAAGACUCAAAUUGAGCUGUGGCGAUGUCAUUGGCAUCUCGGCCAAUAACACAACCUAUUUGACUGGUGUCACGAUUGCGGCCAUGUUGUCGGGCACGCCGCUCAAUCCGCUGCAUCCGGAUUUUGAUGAGGAGACUGUGAAGUACAUGUACGACAUCACCGAACCCAAACUGAUCUUCUGCGAUGUGGAGAACUACGAGAUCAUCAAGGCGGCCAAUGCACGCUUGGUUAAACCAGCCUUGAUCUAUCUGGUGAACGGACAACUUCAGGGAGUGUCUGAUGUUUGGGACUUACUCAAAGAAGACAAAGACCUUCCAGCAGCGGAUUAUGUGCCUUGUCCCACGCUUAAUGGCGAUGACACCGCCUUCAUUGUCUGCUCCUCCGGCACCACAGGCAUGCCCAAGGGCGUCACGCGUUCCCAUCGCAGUCUCAUCUCGAAUUGCAAGAAUCCCAAAACCUACACCCGCGAUACCACAGUCUUCUCCUUCAGUCCCUUGUACUGGAUCUCUGGCACUUUUAUACUUCUCGCCUCAUUGCUCAAUGGCAGCAAACGCAUCAUCACACAUCGUCCUUACACCGUCGAAUAUCUUCUGCAGAUCGUCGAGCGUCAUCAGGUGACAUUUCUUUUCCUCGCCUCGCAUCAGAUUGCAUUGCUCUCUAAGUGUCAAAGUGAUCUGCCCAAGAUACAAGCUCAACUCAAGUCGGUGCAGGUUUUAAUUGGUGCUGGUUCCAAGGUCUGCAAAGCGGUCUCUGCGCGCAUGUACGAGCUGAUUGGCAACAUGCGUUUCGUGGUGGGCUAUGGCCUCUCGGAGGUGGGCGGGGUCAGCAAGAAUAUAGGUGGUCCACUGGGCAGCGAGGGAAAGGUGAUGCGCAACAUGGAGGUGCGUGUCCUGGACAAACUCCGCAUGCCGCUGGGCAUCAAUGAGGUGGGCAUCAUCUAUGCUCAUUUGCGCUACAAGUGGGCGGGAUAUUAUCGCAAUCCCGAGGCCACAAAGCGAGCUCUCAGUCCGGAUGGUCAAUGGGUGCGGACUGGGGACAUUGGCUAUGUCGAUAGCGAGGGUUAUUUGUAUAUUCAGACCCGCGACACGGAUGUCUUCAAGUACAACAACUUUCAGAUUUAUCCUGAGCAGAUUGAGGAGUUUAUUCUGAAUCUUCCGGGUGUUUCUGAGGCCUGCGUCUUUGGACUACAUGACGAAGUGUCCAGCAAUCUUACCGCCUGCGCUGUGGUUCGCACUGCGGAUGAGGAAGGAAAGCAGCUGCGGGGGGACGAUGUGAGGAAUGUUGUGAAGCGACAUUUGAGCAGUGCUUAUCACAUUCGUGGCGGAGUUUUCUUCAUUAAUGCAUUGCCAAAGACCUCCAACGACAAAAUACAGAGGCGCAAGGUACCCGAUCUUAUCAAGACCUUAGGCGUAACACCCGAGUAGCGAUCAACGAGUAUUAUGUAUUAUUACAUAAUUGUUAUUAUUAUCUUUUAGUUGUAUGUGAAAAUACUCUUCCUUCGGAUAAGUUAAGCAAUCCAGGUACUCCUUUCCAAACAAACUGUUUAACUUUAAUAAACACUGUAAAUUUGA